UAUACAAGCCAGGUUGGCUCCCUCAUCCAUGAUCAAGUCAUGGAUGAUUUUGGUCUUAUUCUGAACUGACCUGGCAUUGCAAAGGAGCAAGGUUAGGUUCUGUGGGAAGCUGGAACUGCUCCCCGAGGCCAGAGAGCUGACAGGGCAGCCGGAAGUGGAAACAGUUACUAAAUUACUGGUUUGCCUUCCCCUGUAACGGCCAGCUGCUCUGCCAAUGCCAAUUCUUCUAUUCUCCACCACAACAGUAAUAGCUGCCCCAGAGCCACUGGACACAUACCCGGCAUCAUUCUGCCCAAGAGAACCCAAACACAUGACAACAAAGUCACGUUGCGGUUGGAUUACUGUAACGCGCUCUACGUGGGGCUGCCCUUGAAGAAUAUCCGGAAACUGCAGCUAGUGCAAAACGCAGCAGCGAGGGUGUUAUCUGGAGCUGCCCGUUGGGAACAUAUCACCCCCAUUUUGAAAAAGCUGCACUGGCUGCCGGUUCGUUUCCGGGUCCAAUUCAAGGUGCUGGUUUUGACCUUUAAAGCCCUUAACGGUUUGGGCCCGGGGUAUUUGAGGGACUGCCUGCUCCCAAGGGUUGCUGCCCGCUUGACAAGGACAUCUGAGGGGGCCCUGCUCCGGGUGCCGACAAUGAGGGAGGCCCGGCUUUCGUGCACUCGGGACAGGGCCUUCUCUGUUGCUGCCCCUAGACUCUGGAAUGCUCUCUCGGUGGCCAUUUGUUCCUCAGACUCCAUCACGGCUUUUAGAAAGCUUUUAAAGACUUGGCUUUUUACCCAGGCUUUUACAUGAUCGUUUUUACUGCGGCUUCUCUGUGUUUUUAUCUGUUAUUUGUUGUCAUGUUUUUAUGCUUGUUUAUAUGUUUUUAGCUUGAUGUUUUUAUUGCUUGAUGUUUUUACUGCUUUUAUUGUAUGUUUUAAUUUUUGUAAACCGCCUUGGGGUUUUCUUUUAACGAAAGGUGGUAUAGAAAUGUAAAAAUAAAUAAAUAAAUAAAUAAAUAAACAAAAGGCCUGGUACAGCCCAAUUUAAGGGAGGACUAACAACAUUCAACCCAGACCUCCAAGCCCACCUUAUAACUCCCUCCCCCCAGAUCCCAGACCCACACCAAAGGCCCAGUACCAAAGGCUGCCCCCCUUUGGUGGCUGGCUUUGGCGGCUGCCUACAGGCGGUCCGCUGGCGUGCCUUCCUCCAAUAUAUGCUGCCAAGGACUCCAGAAAUCUCUCCUCUCACAAGAGAUCUCUGAUCCUUAGGGACAGGUGGAACAAGUCAAGCGCUCAGGUAGAAGGCACAGGUGGAAUAGGGCAGCAAUCAGGCUGCCACAAGCUGGUCCUUCAGAAGGUCUGGGGCUGCAAAAACAAACCUUCUUGGCCGAGACAGAAAUGCACAGGCAGGGUGAGGCGGCUGUUUGUCAGGAGGAGUCAGGGAGAAGAUAGAAUCUACCCACUUCCACUCUUCACUCUCUCCGACCUCCCAGAUGCUCUAAGUGUGCCUUCCUCCAAUAUAUGCUGCCAAGGACUCCAUAAGAGAAUGGUGAAUCAAUAUAAUUUUAUGGAAACCAGAGAGAUACUCUGCUCAGUGGAAGAGUGCAUGUUUUAUAUGCGUAUAAUUCCAGACUGAAUCACCCAUCAAAUAUUCAGGGAGGGUAAAAUGAGGCAUUACUUUAAGCAUGCACUAUGCAGCUUCAAACUUGUUUUUCUCUAUGUAAAAUAGUGUGUGCAGGCCAGGCAGAUCCAGAUUGGGGUGGCAGGUUUAAACCUUUGCCCUUCCCAUGGUUCCAGUCCAGACUGGACUCUCUCUUGCACUGUUUGACCUGGGGAGAUCUCAUUGACACUAAUCCAGAUUCAUCCUCCCCACAAACUAUUUUACAAAGAAGAAACAAGCAUGCAGCUGCAUAGUGCCGGCUUAAAGUAACGUGUCUUUUGAUCCUCAAUACAAGGUCUGGGAAACUACAUUGGCUUAAGACUCUGGAGAGCUUCUACCAGUCAGAGUAAACAAUACUGAACUAGAUAGCCAAGGGCUUCGGUUGUGUGUUGUGUGUGUGUGUGUGUGUGUGUGUGUGUGUGUGUGUACACACACACACAUAUAUACUGACUAACAAUUACACAACUAGUAAAAAUUGUACAGGAGUAUAUGUUUAUUUAACAUAUUUAUAUACCACCCCAAACCUGCGUCUCUGGGCGGUGUACAACAAAAACAAUGCAAAUUAAACACAAUUUUAAAAAUGAUUAAAACAUUAAAAUCAUUUAAAACCCAACAUUAAAAACCAUUAAAACUAUAAACCGAAUUAAAAGCCUGGGUGAACAAAUGUGUCUUCAGUGCCUUUUUAAAAGUUGCCAGAGAUGGGGAGUCUCUUAUUUCAAUAUCUCAUUGAAGUUUCACCACAGCCAAACACUGAGGUAGGGGACUGCGUGGGCCCAAGUUAAAGAACUCAUUACUCACAGGAGAAGCAAUGGGUAAUUCCAAACUUUCUUUUCCCCUGAGGCAUGCUUCAUAAUUCAAAUGUAAUUCAUAUCUUAGAUUAUCUUUUGUAUAGACGAUUACUUCAGGAAGUUAUAAACAAAAUGCGACCUCAAUGAGUGUAAGUUCAGCAAAUUCAAGCCAAAGGAACCAGAGACAUAAGAUGAGCCUAAGUAUUACAGUAACAUACAACACACCCACAAAUGCAUAAUUAGAACCCAUUGAUAGCAUCCACACCCACCAGGAACCUUGUUUUGCCAUUGUAUCUAUGCGCUUCUAAGUCAGGGAAGAGAGGAGGGAACAGCACGGCAGCAGCAACAGCAUAAUCUGAGGAUUUUACAGCAUAAAUAGAAGCUGAAUUUAAAAUGUAAUGCUGUGAGCCACCCCGAGCAGUAGUGAACUGGAGGGGCGAGAUUACCAAAGUCUGGAUUGCUGCCCUUUUUUUCUUUGGCACAGGACAAGCCAAUGAAGUCUGCUAUGAAAGGAUUGGCUGCUUUUCUGAUAAACCGCCUUGGUCAGGAAUACCUGGGAGACAACUGUUGCCCUUACCUGCGUCUCCUGAAAGUAUGAAUAUCACCUUCUCUCUUUUCACCAAAGAGACUGGAAAUAUGUCACAAGAAAUAUCAGCCACCAAUAUAUCAACUAUCCGAAACUCUUAUUUCUCUCCAUUAAGGAAAACACGCUUUGUUAUCCAUGGAUAUACCAGCACUGGAAAAUACGGUUGGGUGGUGGAGCUGUGUUUGCUGCUGGUGAAGGUGGAAAACAUAAACUGUAUUGCUGUUGAUUGGGAAGAUGGAGCAAAAUGCACAUACUUCAUUGCUUCAAGCAACACCCGUGUUCUAGGAGCUGAAAUAGCUUAUCUUAUCAAUACCUUCACAAAAAUGUAUGCAUACUGCCCUGCCCACAUCCACCUCAUUGGCCAUAGUCUUGGGGCUCAUACUGCUGGAGAAGCAGGAAGAAGACUUCGAGGUGUUAACAGAAUUUUUCCAGGCCUCGGCAGAAUAACUGGCUUGGACCCAGCUGGGCUCUGUUUUGAAGGUUUCCCUCCUAUGGUCAGGCUGGAUCCUUCUGAUGCUGAAUUUGUGGAUGUCAUACAUACCAAUGCUGGCAGUUUCCCCACUAUUGGAUAUGGGAUGGUGAAUGCAACUGGUGAUCUUGACUUUUAUCCCAACGGUGGAACAACUAUGUCUGGAUGUGACAAAACUACACCACUGAUAGAAAUGGACCCCGAAGGCUUUGUUAAAGAGCUUCGCAGUGUUGGAAAUUGUCACCACUCACGAAGCUAUGAGUACUACAGAUACAGUAUUCUCUUUCCUGAGGGAUUCCUUGGCUACCCAUGUGAAUCAUACAAAUCCUUUGAAGAGGGCCAAUGUUUUCCAUGCCCCAGAGAAGGUUGCCCAUUUAUGGGCCACUAUGCCGAUAAGUUCCGUUAUAAACGGAGGAAGAACAAUUCAAAGUACUAUCUAAACACAGCACCUGAAGAGCCAUUUACCAGUUGGAGAUACAAUAUUUCUGUCAAGCUAUCUGGAAUGAAAAAUGUCAGAGGAGAAAUAAACAUUGCUUUCUAUAGCAAAGAUGGGACUGGAAAGGACUACCCAAUUGUGAGUGGCAGGCUUAACCGGGGAGACAUCUACUCAAAGCUCACUGAUGUAGAGAUUAAUCCAGAAAAUGCUGGAAGAGUUGAAUUUCUUUGGCAUAAGAAGGCAUUUACUUUAUUAUGGGCUGAACUGGGAGCAGAAAGAGUGAGGCUAGUCUAUGGAAAGGAUGGGCAUGAGUCUUUCCUGUGUGGCAGUGGGACUGUAAGAGAUGAAGUUUCUCAAAUACUUACACCUUGUUGAACAAUGAAGAACUAAACUUACAUAUAAACUGUAAGAGUAAUGGAGAACAGCUUUCUUUACUCGGCCUGUAGAACACUUUGAAACAUUGCUGUUUUAAACCAAGAGCUGGGUCUCAUGCAGGGGCAUAACAAGGCUGGAGUGGGCCCAGAGACAAAAUUUUAAGAUGGGCCCCUUGCUGAUACACACACACUUCACAAUAUAGUCAUGUGACUUGCCUCUGGGGGGCCCCUCGAGGCGUGGGGGCCCCCAGGCAGCCGCCUCCCCUUGCCUAAUAGUAGUUACGCCCCUGGUCUCAUGAUCAGUGAGACCCGGUUUGUAAGAGUGAGCGGGGAGAGUGGGCUAAGCCAAUCCCCCAGUGGGAUUGGCCGCCCACAUGACUGCCAGCUCUGUGACAGAACUGGCAGGGGCUGGGGCUGGGGAAUUCGGGGGCCACAUGGCCCCCGGAAGCUCCAGUAUGCCCUGCACGAGCACA